CGUCAGAACUCCCAGUACUUCCCAUAUCCAACUGUUCUUGCCCGUCUUUCCCUGAUCUUCAACUCCGAGGCCUUUAUUAGUAUUUGUUUGACUGGAUCUACUUUUUGUAUAUCAUUAUAAGCCACAAUGUCGUUUAACAGACAACUUCUUCUCCGCGCAAGCCGGCUGCGAGCUAGCACUGGAACGUUCUGCGCCGUCUCGGCCUCGAGGACACCAUGGCUCAACACAGCAGCAGGGUCGUUUGGUGCUCGGCACGAGAGGACGUACGCUGUUUCUGGUGGCCCGGGGAUUAAUGAGGAGAUUUUCAAGUCCACUUUUAUGAAGAAGAUCUCGUCCUCCCCAGAGGUGAUGAACUGUGUGGCAGACGUCAUGGAAACCAUCAGGAAAAAGGGUGCGUUAGCAGGCGACACGAAACCGAGUAUGUCGUUGUUUCUCUCAUUGCUUCGCGACAAGGAGAUCAGCGAGUCAAUGGCGGCCUUGAAAACAGCUCUCGACAAAAAUAAGAUUCAUUUUACAAUUGAUGAGAUCAAAGGUAUUACCGAGUAUCUCACGAAGGGCAAGAAGCGAUGAAUUGGCACCCGGGUCGUGAGCCAUGUUCAGAUAGUCUUGGUCGAUGAAUUGAUUAGAUCACAUUUACCGUUGUGAUCCCACAGACCAUAUAUAGUUGAUGCUCCAGUAGCAAUCUGUGCACGCUUUUUUAUAUAAGUUCAUUCAUUUGGAGCGCUGAUCAUUCGCGCAGACCGAGAUAUCGGGGAUGUUAGGUAUGCCAAAAUCUACGAACCAGUGAGAUCUUUCAAAGCUCAAGAACUAUGAUACACACGUAGUCAAUGCCUCUCCAUAAACUACCCAAGUAGAAUCAUAACUUCUAUAAACAAAGGUGCUAUCCAAGCAGUCGGUUGUAUCCUCGGGUCGUUUGGCAAGAAAGUAGCGACCAACCCCAUCGGGUUUGGGUUCCCGAUUAGGCCGCCGAUUGUUGCUCGGCUCUCGAGCAGAGAAACCGACUGAUUCCA